GCGACUCCCAUCCAUCGCGAUUCGAGGGCGUUGGUGUUUUCGUCUGCCGUUCUUGGGUGAGAGGAAAAGGUAUCGCCAGAGAGUCGAGGAACGAUGUCAGGACGCGGCAAGGGAGGUAAGGGUUUGGGCAAGGGCGGUGCAAAGAGGCACCGCAAGGUCCUGAGGGAUAACAUCCAGGGCAUCACUAAGCCGGCGAUCCGGCGACUUGCUCGCCGUGGAGGGGUGAAGCGCAUCAGCGGCCUCAUCUACGAGGAGACCAGGGGCGUCCUGAAGAUCUUCCUGGAGAACGUCAUCCGCGACGCUGUGACUUACACGGAGCACGCCCGCCGGAAGACCGUCACCGCCAUGGACGUCGUCUAUGCUCUCAAGAGGCAGGGUCGCACCCUCUACGGUUUCGGUGGUUGAUCGUCUUCAUCUUUCCUAUGGGAGUCGCUGUCUUCAUUAUGGGGUGGUGUUUGCGGCCGUCUUCUUGUUUCUCAUCCGUGGGGGCGUUGGGGAGAUAUGCUUUUUUUGUGUAUAUUGUAGUGAAUUGGAAGGGGAUGCUUUUCCCUUUCUCUUUUCCCCUUCUCUCGAUGUAUACAUAUUGGUGAAAAUCUAAUGGGGUUUUUUCGUUUC